AUGUCAACCAUCCGCGAUAAAGGUUUUCAGUAUGAACAUGAUUUAAUUGAAAAUUUUAAACGUAAUAAAAUUUUUUCAUUUUCAUUCGAUUGGUCACCAUCUAUAAUCAAUGAAAACAGUAACAAAGAACUUGAUAUACACUGUCGUCAUAAAAGUUCUUACUUUCUCGUACAAGCUACCGCUCGUGAAAAUUGUGAUAAUUAUUUAACAAGUCCAUACCAUUCAUUCAUUAAUUUUACAAUUCCUGGUAUUUACAAACCUUUAUUUGUUACGAAAUUAGCUGAAGAAUUAAAAUAUGAUCUUAGUGACCAAAACUCUAAGAUUAUUUUUAAUGAAAUUGAAGUUAUUAAUGAAAUUAAAAGAAUUGAGGAUGAUACCAGAGACAACGAACUUUAUGAAUCUAUUUUAAAUAGCCAAUCUAGACAUAAUAAAAAUGAUCGGGAAGAAGAAAUCAAUUUUAUUAAAGCUUUAGAUGCAGAUAUUAAACUUUUAAAAAUUAGACAUUCCUACGAAUUAUCCUACAGAUCUCUUCCUCUUAACUAUUGUGGCUUUGUUUUUAUUGAUGGAAAUUUUGAAUUCGUGAUUCGUUAUGAAACUGACAGAGACAAUGAUCGUCAGGAAGAAUAUUUGACAAACUUCAAGGACGGAAUUGAAGCUCACUUACCGCAAAAUGUUUGGGGUAUAUAUAUUGCAAAUAUCAACCCUGAACAAAUGGAAAGGUUACGACGAAUCUGUACUACAUCCUUUACCAGAGAAAUAUAUAUUCUUGAUCAAAGAACCAUUGAUAAUUCUCUUAUUUCAGAGAAACGAAAACGUGUUCUUCGAAAAAUUUAUGAAAAUAGACAUUUUCUUCAAUAA